UUGUUUAUGUGUUGAAACAGGAAGGGAGCAAGUUGCUCUUCCUUUUAAAUGAUAAAGUUAGUAAAUACACAUAAAUCGUCUUUGGAGCCUGUUUUGGGUAAACGCGUGUCAUGUAGAAGUACUCCGUGCAGCAUUCACCAAGACAGCCAAGUGUUGUCUUCCUGUUUACAACAGCUGUAGUAACUACGACAACCACGGACGCGUUUGGCUGAAGGUCGCCAGUUAACAGGGUCGCUGGAUACACCGAAACACCGGCGUAAUCUCGUGCGUAAUGAUCAAAAAUGUUCCGAGCAGCACCUGAAGGCAGCACCACGCUGACGUCAGACUCCCAGGUGAGACGGAGACGCCCUCACCUGGAGCACAGCACAGGUUAAAGAAGAAGAAGAAGAAGAGCUGGAUCCACCGGUUUCAGUGAUGUCUGCUUUAUGAAAAAAACCCACACAAUGCUCCCGUGGAAAGUCUCUGCUCUUCGGCCGGUGUCUUUGUUUUCCUCUUGUACUUGUUGUUUUCACUGAGGAGGGAGGAUCUUUAACUUCCCAGCUUUAGUGAGGGAAAACAACCGACAGUAUCAUCACAGGGACGGAAAGAAACUCUCGCUGAGGAUUGAAACGUUUCGACUAAUUAAACGUUGAAUAACCAAACACUCAACGAGGGCAGACGCGGAGCAGCUCUGAUGGAUCGGUACGGUGACCUGGAUCUGGAUCUGGAUUGUGAAGAAGGAGGCGUAGCUCAAAAAGCAGCGAUAUUCGGUGGGAUGUUCAAAAAAUCCACCAAGUCUGCUGAACCACUUCUCCAAGCACAGGACAGUUUAUCGCUCAGCAGUGAACUUUCAAAGAGCAGCGAUAGUCUGACUGACAACAGCACCAAGGAGAAGGGGGGCGUAUUUAAAGGAGUGUUUAAGAAGACAACCAAAGCUGCUAAAGACUGGCAGCCAGAGGUCUCCCUCAAAAUACAUAAUCCUGAACUGUCUGUCAGUAGUGGCAUCUUAACAGACAACAAGUCGUCAAAGGAAAAAUCGGGUGUGUUCGGUGGGCUACUGAAACGAUCUAAACCAGGACAUGUCCGGAGGCCUUCACAGGAUCUUUUGGACACCGAGUUCACAGCCAGUAACGACAGUCUGUCUGAGAACACCACGACUAAGGAGAAAGGAGGGGUGUUCAGCGGGAUGUUUAAAAAAUCUAAGCCUUUUGGAGCGAGGACACAAUCUCAGGAGGAUUUGUCUGCACCCAGCGAGCUCUCGGGCAGCAAAGACAAUCUUUCUGUGAAUAGCAACACUAAGGAAACAGGAGGGAUGUUCAGUGGGAUGUUUAAAAAAUCGCCAAAGCCUUUCGGAGCGAGGACACAAUCUCAGGAGGAUUUGUCGGCACCCAGCGAGCUCUCAGGCAGCAGCGACAAUCUGUCUGUGAAUAGCAACACUAAGGAAACAGGAGGGAUGUUUGGUGGGAUGUUUAAAAAGUCUCCAAAGCCUUUUGGAGCGAGGACACAAUCUCAGGAGUGUUUGUCUGAACCCAGUGAGCUCUCAGGCAGCAACGACAAUCUGUCUGAGAACACUAAGGAGAAAGGAGGCAUCUUUGGUGGUGUGUUCAAAAAGAAAGGGGCCAAAUCUCAGUCUCAGGAUGAUCUGUCUGUGGAUAGUGAGCUCUCUGCCAGCAGUGACAGUCUCACAGAGAAACCGUCAAAGGGUGGAGCUCCAGCAAAGAUCCUGAAGAAUCCUUUCACCUCCUCAUCUCAGGAUAAGGAAAAGACGGGACACUCGGGAGACUUAAGUGAGAAUACCUCUGCUGCAGAGAAGCCCAAAGCCAAGCAGAACGGUUUUAGUGCGAUGAUCAAGAGCACCUUCCACACUGACAAGCAGGAGAAGGACUCUGACUGUGAGGAGAUAGUGGACAAUGAAGAGAGCCAGCCCAGUCACAAACAGAGUAAAUUUUCUGAGGCGAUGGAAAAGAUGAACCCAUUUCGAUCUCCAAACAAACAUGAGAAGCAGACAAGCUCAGAUGACGAGGAGCCAUCUGCAAGCAGUGAGAAGUCAUCCGGCAACAAACAGAAAGACACAGAAGACACACAGGCCCUCAAGGAGAACGCAAAACAAGGGGAAGAGAAACCCAAACCGGUCAAAAGCAACAAAACCCAGCGAGAGAGGAAGGACAGAAGUGAAACUCCAACGGCUCCACCCAGACCAACCGAAGAGGAGAUGAAGAGGACGUCCACAUACGACAAAGUAACAGCAAGAGAAGCUGUGGAUAAUCAGGAUAACAAGGACAUGAUCUCCAGAUCUGCCAGACCGUCAGAAGAGAGCCAACCAGACGAUAAAGGCCUCAAAGACGAAUCGGCUGAAGCCAAAGAGGGAGACGAGGGGAAACCUCCAGAGAGCAAAACAACCAAGGUGAAAAAACACAAGCACCACAAUCCGUUCAUGUCAAAUGCUGGAGCCAAGGCUCAGUCUGACGAUGAAGGGCUGGAAGAAGAAAACGAUUCUUCUAAGGAUGAAAAGAAAGAUGAGGAGGGCAAAGACAAAACACAGACCAAAAUCAAGAAACCUAAGAGAUACAAUCCCUUCAUGCCUCGCGUCAAGGGUAAAGCUAUACAGAGGAACGCACAGGACGGAGCAGAGAAUGACGGUGGAAAUAGAACCUUGUUUGACCAGCUGGAGGACCUCCGUGUUGACCCAUCACAGCAUGAAGACAGACGGGAUGUGGACAACCUCAUGGGGUGGUGGAACAACGUGGAGUCUUGGGAGGACACGCCUCAAAAUGAUGACAUGACAGAAAAAGAAGAGGCCAAGGCGUUUGCUGUGACGGCAGAGAAAGUGCAGAAGGGCAUCCGUGUCUUCAACAAGCUGUUCUCGGAGCGCGCUGAGAGCCUCUGGCAGCACGUCAUCGACCUCAACGGCAUCGCAGACGCCCUGGACAAGUUCAGCAAGAACACAAAGAUCGCUCAAAUCACCGGCGGCUCUACCAGCGCCAUCGGGGGCGUGGCCACCAUCGCCGGCCUUGCUCUGGCCCCGGUCACCAUGGGAGUCUCCUUGAUUGUGACAGCGGUGGGAUUGGGUGUCGCCACGGCAGGCGGUCUGACAUCGGCAGGUGCCGGCAUCUCCAACCAGGUCAACAACUCCAUGGACCGCAAGAAGGUGGAGAAGAUUGUGCAAGAUUAUCAGGAGAAGAUGGUCGACCUCAACAAGUGCCUGAAAUUCAUCAAGCAGGGUAUCGAGAACCUGAAGAGGUUCGACCUGAUGAAGAUGAAAAAACACGCCUACAACCGUGACUUCCCUGUGCUCAGUAGCAGUUUCUAUGAGGACGGCGCCAUGGCAGGGAAGGCCAUCCUCAUCAGCGCAAAUGAGAUCAUGCGUGUGGUGCAGAUCGCCAACGUGGCGGGCAGCACGGCAGCCAGAGCGGUCCAGAUCGCCAGUAUGGCCACUGGUGUGCUCACCGGGCUCUUUGUAGGUAUGGACAUCUACUUUGUGGCCAAAGACUCCAAAGAACUCAAGAAAGGGGCCAAGUCAGAGUUUGCUGCCAAAAUCCGGGAGGUGGCCACGCAGCUGCACGAAGGUCUGGUGGAGCUCAACGGGAUACGGGAGGAGCUGCAGGCCACCUCGCCGGAAACGGAGGGAGGCAAAGAUCCGGCUGCUUUGAAGAGCGACAGCAAAGAGAAAGAGGACAAACAUGACAGUUCAAGUGAGGAUGAAAUCGACCGCAUUAAAAAAGCCAUUAAAAAGGACUACGAGAACCGAGAAUAUGUUUGAAGAAACUUUAAAAACUGGAAAAAGGCCUUAAAUUGUGUGCAAGUGUGUGAGGUGUUUUCGGCUCAAAACUCCAACAUACUGCUGCAUUCUUGGUGCCAACGUCUUAAAAUAGAAAACUACAAUCAGGCCUAUUUUGUAUGAGGAAACUUUAUUCUUGAUACAGUAAUACAGUAGUUUCUCAAAUUUCUGAACUUUAUGAACCUGACUUCUUGAAUCUUAACAGCAUACCCACCGCUGAGAGGAACUGAGGCUUUGCGGUAGAUAAAGUAUCGUAUCUGCUUCUCUGGCUGCUGUGCCAAGUGUGAAACUGCCAAGUGGUCUUCAAGAAAAUGGGCUUCAAAGCUUUAACUGCAGCAUGUAUUUGGAUAGUUUUAGAUUAAGUAAAAAAAAUGUUUCAAAGUACUUACUAGAUUUGAUCAUUAGACUUUAAAGUGUUGCUUAGAGUUUUAUCAGUGUGUUGGUUCAUAUUGAAACACUUAUCAGGUGUAGAGAUUGUGUAUGUGCUUAAGAGACGAGUGCCUUUAUUAUUUAAACAACCUUAGAAAUACACUAAUGUGGCAUAAGUCUUCACGACACAGUCUUGUUUUAAAAAAAAAAUGUAAUAUAAACCUUUGUUUUAGAUUGUUUUUACACAAUUAUGUUGCGUAAGAAGCAGGAUGGGGUUGCACCAGCAGUUUGUAAAUAUGUAGCUUCUAUCUAUCAAACUAGUGAUUCACUAAAUCGGGGUUGCACCAUUAAAACUUCAGGAAUGUCUUAGUACAGACUUAAAUAAUGUGUUAGGAAACACACAAGCACCUUAAUCACAGUUUUAGGGAACGAGUGAUAUAUUGUCUUAACUGCCAAUACUCUGACAAUGUUUGCACUAGUUUGUUUUAGUAAUAUGAAAUAUGUUUUAGAAAUGUGUUUGAGUUAGUAGUAUUUUGCAAUUAAGGAUGAGUGGGAAAUAUCUGAUUAUGCUAACCUAGCCAACUUUAUUUGGUCAUUUAGUAUUGGGUUUUUCCUUUUUUUUUUUUUUUGUAAUUCAUGGUAUACUAUGUUUCUUACCACUUAAGAACAUUAUUAAAUAUGAUUUUGAUCUAGUGUCACGUCAGGUUUGUGAACCAAAUGUCCUCUUAUCUCUAAACUGGUCAUAUGUUAAUGAGCUUACAUUAGCUAAGCAGCUGCUACACCUGUCAGUUACUGGGUGUAAAUAUUUACAACUAAUCACUACAUGAGAAUCAGUUGUUGUGGAUCCACCUGUUUUAAUUUAAUGAUGUGUAAUCUGUACUUUGUAAACACUUGGAACAGCUCGGUCAACAUAAGACACAAACGUAAAAAGCUGUCAGGAGAACUAAUGGGAGAAUAUGAUGGUCCCCUUUUUCUUUCAAUACUCUGCCGAGUUAAGUCAAAGGUUUCUACCACGUCUUCUGUCCGAUUAGAUGGUUUCAAGGUGUAAAAGUCUCUACGUCGAUAACUGGAAAGACACAAGACUGUAAAAACCAGCAAGGAUUGUGUCAACCUCUCCGGUUUACCUUCUCUUUUUAUUGCAUUCAUAUUUUAAAGACUGAUUUCUGAAGUCAGGGUUUGAUGAUGUCUGUUCUGUGGAUUGUUUAAUGAACCUAAUAUAUAUUUUUCUGGGUGGAGUUGUUCAUUCGACACUAACUCAUUAUGUGCAAUAUAUCGUAAAACUGUAAUGAUUGUAAAAUUGUUAAUUAAAGGUCAAAAAAACAUUUGUCAA